AUAUUUAAAACUCUCAUUGUUUCUGAAAAAAAUUACAAAAUAAUAUAUAAUUUAAAAUUUAUAGUUAUAUAUGUAUGACUAAAAAUACUAUAGAAAAGAAAUAGAAAAAAGAACAGAGAGAACAACACAUGUCCAUUACAACCUUUGUUAGAAACCAAACUCAGCAAGAGGAAGCUGUUAAAACCAUCAGUUAUUGGAUUACCUCCAACAUGGCUGGAGCUAUCUUUAUCUUCUGCCAAACCAGCAAGUGCUGCAGAACCAGAUAGCCCUAAAUCUUCAACCUCAACUAGGUUAACAUACUCAAAGUUCUUGCAGUACUUGGAUAAAGGUGCUGUGAAGAAAGUUGACCUGUUUGAGAAUGAAACUAUUGUUAUUGCUAAGAUAUACAAUCCAGCAUUGGAGAAAAUCCAAAGGGUCAAGGUUUAGUUACCAGGGUUGCCUCAGAAGUUGCUGAGGAAAAUGAAGGAAGAAAAUGUUGACUUUGCUACUCACCCUAUAGAUGUAAGUUGGUUGGUCUGCAAUAUUUGAUUUCUUGGGAAAUUUUGCAUUUCCCUUGAUAUUGCUUGGUAGUCUACUCUUGAGGAGUUCUUUAAAUAAUCCUGCUGGCCCCAACUUGCCUUUUGGACUAGGAAGCUAUGGAUUUUAGCAUAGAUAUUAUAUGAUUUAUAGUGUAUGAUAUGAUGUUUAUAGUUAUAUAUAAAAGGUCCAUAACUAUAUGAAUUUUACCUUAAGAUAUGAUAUAUGUAUAUACUUUGCAUAAAAAUACAUGUCACUUUGAUAUUCAUCAUAACUGCAUUAAUUUUUUAGCAUAUGAUAAGAUAUUCAUCAUAACUACAUGAAUUUUGGAAUAUGAUAUGAUCAGCAUAACUACACGAUACACUUUUAUUCCAUGUUUACUUCAGAAAUAAGGCAAAGUUUGAGAUGGAACUAAACACAGGAGUGACAUUUGAGGAUGUAACCGGAGUUGAUGAAGCCAAGCAAGAUUUCCAGGAGGUUGUGGAGUUCUUGAAGACACCAGAGAAGUUCUCAGCUGUGGGAGCGAAGAUUCCGAAAGGGGUCCUUUUGGUAGGGCCACCAAGGACAGGGAAGACAUUGCUGGCUAAAGCAAUUGCAGGAGAAGUUGGUGUUCCAUUCUUUUCUCUAUCAGGUUCAAAGUUCAUUGAAAUGUUUGUUGGUGUAGGUGCUUCAAGGGUGAGGGACUUGUUCAACAAGGCAAAAGCGAAUUCGCUGUGUUUGGUGUUUAUGUUAGGUACCAGAGUUAAUAAGGACAAAUAACUAAAAUUUGUGAUCGAGAAAUAGAUAGAACUGUACAAGAAUAUCGACAAACAGUGAAAAUAAUAUGAUAAAGUGGUAAAUUACAAUCUCUCACAAUAUAUAAAGAAGUCUAUAAUACUCUCUUAGGUAUUAUGGAAAUUCAUACAAAGAAAUUACACAUAUGAGAAACCUUACUAUUUUUCUCUCUAAGUUUUCCUCACUAAUUCUAUGCAAAACAUGCCAUACAUUAGCAAAUGCCUUAACCCCCUAUAUAUGGUAUUUUGUGGAGGUGCAUUUAAUUUACAAGUUGAUCAAGUUGUGCAUAAAUUGUACAAGUGUGUGUACUAGAGUCUUCUUUCACAUUCAUCUUUAUCAAGUUGUAUGACAAGUUGAUAAAUAUCAACUUAUGUAACAACUCAUUCUUUGACUAAGUCAAAGAUUACAACUAAGCUAACUUAUCUUCAAGUUGCAAAUUUUGACUAGAACUUUGACUAUGCAAGUUGGACAACUUACAAGUAGUUUCAUGAGUCUUCUAACUUGAUAAGAACCAUUUGCAUCAUACUUGAUUAUAGACCAAACUUAAAUUC